GCGCUGUGUUCAUGAAAGCCAAGGGACAGCGCGUGCUUCCUCGAGCGGGCAUGUCAUAUGGGGCCUCGCUGCAUUACUCUCGACAUGCACAAAAGACAAAAAUCAAGGCGGUGUAUCUUUCCAUAUUAUAGCGGAAGAUUCACUCUCGUUUUGCACAUUUCGAGAGUAGUGCAGCGAGGCCCAUGGUCUUGGAAGCUGACACCAUGCAUCUCACGUCCGCGGAGCGUCGUUGGUCCUCUGCAUCCAUGUUUGAUGUUUUCCGCAUUGUGAGGGCCGAUGUCAAGGGCAAUGUAAUUGGGAACUGCGGGAAUGUAAUUGGGAACGACGGCAACGGAGGCGAGUGCUUGGACGCGGCGGCGGCGGCCGCCGCCGCCACUGCCGCCGCUGCCAUGGAUCGUGUGAUCGUGCCGCCAGAGCGCAUUCCAUCAACGGCGACGGCAACGCCAACGCCAACGCCACCUAGGGCGUAUCGACGAGUACCGCCUCCGCUUCCGCCGGCAGCGCCAGCCAUGGCGCCGGCGUACCAGGUACAGACAACCCCUGUACGGACAUAUCCGGCGGUACAAGCAACCCUGCCGGUAGCUCCGACGUACGAGAUCCCGCCGUUGGUCCCCGACUCAUCGUACCAGCUUCCGCCAGUCUCGACCUCAAGCUACCAGGUCCCGCCGACCCCGCUUGAGACCUUCGCAGGUCCCGAUCCCGGGGACUUUGAGCUGAUUGCCAAGCUGGCGGCCAUGUCCGUCUCCAUGGUGGUUGCAUUCUGGCAUACCCAGGUUUGCUCCAUCGCCAGCUGGUACACGGAGAUGUGUUCCAGGGCCUGCCUGGUCGGCCGCGAUGUCGCCACGUCGCACAUAUCGUCCUUGACUUGCAUGUGUCGUGAGCGGCUUAUGAACUUAGCGAGUAUGAUCCAGGUGAUGGGGAUGGCGGUAGAAGCAGAAGAACAGGAGGAGGAGGAGGAGGAGGAGGAGGAGGAGGAGGAGGAGAACGAGGAGGAGGAGAGGAAAAGUUCAGGGAGACGCAAGAGGAAGGCAAGGUGGGGGGUAAAACGUAGGGUGGGAGGGAAAGGGGAGAUAAGAAAUGCGAAGAAGUGUCGGGUUGAGGAGAAGAGAGGGGGAAAGAGAGAAGAAGAUGCACAGGUCAUUCGGAUCAGGGGYGGAUUGAAGAGAAGAACGGAUGAGGAGGAGGAGCUUAGACCAACGAGGAGACCUAAGAGAAGCAAACCUAAGAGGAGGAAGAAGCAGUUGAGGUCGCUGGAAGAAAGCCAAGUAGUAGUAGCAGUAGUACAGGAAGGCCAAGGGGUGACGUCGCCGGAGGAAAGGCAAAUACUAGAACUAAUAGCCGCACGUGAAGGGCAGGCGGUCGUUGAGGACCAACGAGCCGUGCAACGGGUGGGGAGAGUUGUGUCGCAGAGGGAGGGGGUGGCAGCAGCAGCCGGCUACGUUGCCAUGCAAGACUAUGUGGAGGUGCAGUUGGGAGGUGGCGGAUCGGUGAAGGCGAUGAAGGGAGGAGAAGAAGAAGCGAGGGGAGUAGGAGGAACAGCGGAGAGAGACAUGUCGUCGUUCCGUUGGGAUGAGAGAAUGGAUGGCGAAGAAACAAUCUUGGGUGGUAAAGAACUGGCAGGAAAAGGAGAAGGAGGAGCUGUCGGAGAGCAAAGAUCAGUGGACUGGGUUGAAUGCAGGGCGGCAGAAGGAAGACCGACUGAAGGGGAAGAAGUCGUGGUGGGAACUGGUGGACCUUUGGGAGGAGGAGGAGGAGGAGGAGGAGGAGGAGUUAUGCAUGUCAUUGCUUCUGUGGAAGGCGAUGCAGAUGUCCAAGGUCAUGGAGGUGUGGGAGGCUACGACGUAGCGGGUGGUGCUGUAGCAGAGAGAAGACAAGCAGCAGCAGCAAGAAGGGGUGAUAGAACAGUAAUGGGAAAUGGUGUUUCGAGGACGGCAGAGGGAGAAAUGGGAGAGGUAGGAGAGAUGGAAGGCAUUGUGUGUGAAGUCGAAGAAUGUGAAGCCAUGUCCGAUCAGGAAAUGGUGGGAAACAACGGGGCUGUGGAAAGUGUUGGGGCGGUGGACAAAGAGGGAGGUGUAGACGAUGAAAGACUUGCGGGAGAGGGUGGUGGUAUUGGAGAUGUCAAAGACAGUAGAUUGUUACGGCAUGUACUUGAGGGAGAGGAAGGAGGUGAUGGGGUGGUGGAAGGUGUCUUGAAGGUCGAAGACAGGCUUCCUCAGGGUCGGGAGGAGGGUAGGGAUGGUGGAUAGAGGUGGGAUGGAGAAGAGCGGGGGAGGGGUAAAAUGCAAAAGUGAUGGGUUGCGAUGAGGGGUUGUAAGUGAAGAAGAAGAACGGGCGAUGGCUAGCCGAAGAGUGGAAAGGGAUGUGAAGGUGGAUGAACGAUUUGUUGAAAAGGGGGAAGCGAGGUGGAGUGCGACGUGGGGUUGGCAGGGGGGGGGGAAGCGACUCUUCGAGCCUUGGCUGCCAAAUUGCUCCAUCUGCCCCCAGUGCCACAUCAUUUGCCCCCAGUGCCACAUCAUUAGGACUGGGGGCACAGAGUGGUGGGAAGGCAAGGAGAGUUGUGCGACCGAGGGUUGGCAGUAGGGAAUGGGUGGGGUGAGGGAAGACGAAGGAACGAUGAGUGGGGAAAGGGGGGCUUUUGGAGGAGUUGAAGGGGCAAGGAUGAUGAGAUGUGAGAGGGUGACGGGGAUGUGAUGAGAUUCCCAGUGUCAAGCGGAAGCAUGGUGCAGGCAGGAGAGGAUGCUGUGAGGAGAGCAGGGCACGUGGCGAUGACAUGUGAUUUGACAGUCGGUGGGCAUCUUGUUCCACGUGGAGUGGAAGUGAUGGGAGGUGAUGCGACAGGGAAACCGAUGGAAGAAGACGAUGCAGCAAUCAAUAAAGGAAUGCUGAGUGGGGAUGAUACAGUAUGUCGGUGGCAGGUGAUGUAGGGGUAGAGACUGAUGGACCGGUGGCACCGAUAUGUCAUCCCCACUCAUCCCCACUCAUCCCCACUCACCGAGAUGGAGUGAUGGAUGCAAUCAACGUCAUGGAAGCUG